AUGGGUGCCCAGAAACAAUGGGACCGCUACGACGACGGCGAUGAACAGAGACAGGAACCACCAAGGCCAGCCAACCCCGUUGCCCCCAGUCCUUCUCCCGCUGGCACCGCACAAGACUCAGCAGCACCACCAACACCACGUCCAGGACCAGGAUCACGACCACCACCCCAAAAUCUGCCGCCAGGACUCCUCUCUCCAUCACUACAGCCGACUGAACCUGUCCCACGCCGCUGGCAUGGCAUCCGAGGGAGUACACUCGGACCCGCACCACCGCCCCCAUUCUUUUCUCCGCCCGGCCCUCUAUCCCAACAGCAGAUCCAACCCGACUUCAAUCCCUGGGAAACAGCACCCGCACCAAGCGGUUCUGGAUCGUCCUCUGCUCCCCGUCCGCCAUCCCACCAGCAGACCCAAGAGUCCCGCGGUCCCUUACUGGGUAACUGGACAGCCGCACCCGCACCAAGCGGUUCUGGACGGUCCUCUGCUCCCCGCCCGCCAUCCCACCAGCAGACCCAAGAGUCCCGCGGUCCCUUACUGGGUAACUGGAGAGCCACACUCUCAUCCGUGCCCGCAACGGCUUCUAUGCGUGAACCAUCGCGGUCUGCUUCCUCCGAAGGAGAAGUCUCCCGGCCCCCCAGAGCGCCUCUGCCCCAACCACGACCGCGACCUCAGCUUACCGCUUCUGCCUCCACCAGCAGCCUCCACCCCCGGCCAGGAUCUCUUGGACUUGCUGAGGCUACUGCUGCUCUCGAGCUACAACUACAGCAACGACAAGAGCGUGGUGCUGAUGCGGAGGGAAACGCUCCGCUUUUUGAUGGUCUGAUGACUCUUCCGCGUGGUGGGUCGCUUCCUUCGGGCAACAGAAGUGGUAGGGUUGGCAGAGACGGGCGCGGUGCCGGUGCUGGUGCUGGUGCUGGCGCUAGGGCGGGCUGGGAUGGUCGUGGUGGAAGGGGCCCAGGCGUUACCGGACGUGGUGCUCCUGCCGCGUGA